AUGUCGCAACCAAUGCUGGAGAUUGAAAACUUGACCAAGUCAGGCGAAGUCAAGUCGACCGCUCACUUGCUGCCAUGUCGCGUGCACCACGACGGAUCUAUUGAUCCCAUAGAUUCAUUCUGGACGCCCACUGAUACUGAGGAAGGGAAAAAAGAAGCAUAUUUUCGAGGUCGCAAGCUCCACGCGAAGGCUGUUCCGUUACCAAGCCAAUUCAGAGGCAUCGUGGCAGAACGACAAGUGGCAGUACCUCAGCCAACGGAUCCCUACGCGCCGAUCGAUCUGGAGAAGGAAGAUGACGAUGAUGCUCCCCCGGUGGAUAAAAUGAAAGCGCUCGCGGAGUUCGACGAGAUCAUGGUAUGGGGUCAUGAGAAUGUCACAAAUGCCGCCGAUGAUACCUAUGUGAGAAGCUUGGAAGAGUGGGUUGAAGCUUCGGAGCGGAUCCACUCCUACGAAGAGGACACUCCCGCCGAAGCGAAGUGA